ACAAUAAUGUGAACGCAUGUCAUUUUAUAGUUUUAUUUUCUGUAACGCAACAAGUCACAAAAAUUGCUUCAAGAGUGGGGAAUAAGGAAGAGUAAAAAUGCCUGAAAUUAAGAUUACCCCUCUAGGCGCAGGCCAAGAUGUUGGUCGAAGUUGCAUACUAUUAUCGAUGGGCGGCAAGAACAUUAUGCUGGAUUGCGGCAUGCAUAUGGGGUACAAUGAUGAGAGACGAUUUCCAGACUUCUCUUACAUAGUGCCAGAAGGUCCCAUAACGAGUCAGAUAGAUUGCGUCAUAAUUUCACAUUUCCAUUUAGACCACUGUGGAGCUUUGCCGUAUAUGUCUGAAAUGGUGGGUUAUACUGGCCCCAUUUAUAUGACUCACCCUACUAAGGCGAUAGCACCGAUUUUGCUAGAAGACAUGAGAAAAGUGGCAGUAGAAAGGAAAGGAGAAUCAAACUUUUUUACGUCUCAGAUGAUAAAAGAUUGUAUUAAAAAGGUUACCGCAGUUACUUUACAUCAGUCUGUUAUGGUUGACAAUGAGUUAGAGAUAAAAGCUUACUAUGCAGGUCAUGUGCUUGGGGCCGCUAUGUUCUGGAUAAGAGUUGGGUCUCAAUCUGUUGUGUACACUGGCGACUACAACAUGACACCAGAUAGGCACUUGGGAGCUGCAUGGAUCGAUAAAUGCAGGCCAGAUCUCCUGAUUUCCGAGUCUACUUAUGCAACUACAAUAAGAGAUUCAAAACGCUGUCGUGAGAGAGAUUUCUUAAAGAAAGUUCACGAGUGCGUAGAAAAAGGGGGAAAGGUUUUAAUUCCUGUUUUUGCUUUGGGCAGAGCCCAAGAACUUUGUAUCUUGUUAGAAACAUAUUGGGAGCGUAUGAAUUUAAAGUACCCAGUUUACUUUGCUUUGGGGUUAACAGAAAAAGCUAACAAUUACUAUAAAAUGUUUAUCACAUGGACCAAUCAAAAGAUUCGUAAAACAUUUGUACAAAGAAAUAUGUUUGACUUCAAGCAUAUCAAACCUUUUGAUAAGUCUUACAUUGACAAUCCAGGAGCUAUGGUAGUUUUUGCGACCCCAGGAAUGUUACAUGCUGGUUUAUCAUUAAACAUAUUUAAAAAAUGGGCUCCAUAUGAGCAGAAUAUGCUGAUCAUGCCUGGGUUUUGCGUCCAAGGAACUGUUGGACAUAAAAUUUUGAAUGGUGCAAAGAAGGUUGAGUUUGAAAACAGGCAAGUGGUGGAAGUCAAAAUGGCCGUAGAGUACAUGUCAUUUUCUGCGCACGCUGACGCAAAGGGAAUUAUGCAACUUAUUCAGUAUUGUGAACCAAAGAAUGUCUUAUUAGUACAUGGAGAAGCGCAAAAAAUGGAAUUUUUAAAGGAUAAAAUUGAGAAAGAGUUUAAGAUCAGCUGUUUCAUGCCUGCGAACGGAGAAACAGCCAUAAUUAAUACUCCUACAAAAAUUCCUAUUGAUGUAUCAUUAAGGCUUUUAAAGGCAGAAGCUGUUAGGUAUAAUGCACAGCCUCCAGACCCCAAAAGGAGGAGAGUUGUUCAUGGAGUUCUCUGUGUUAGAGAUAAUAGACUAUCAUUCUUAGAUAUAGAUGAAAUAUGUGAUGAAAUAGGUAUUAAUAGGCAUGUUAUUAGAUUUACUAGUACCGUUCGCUUUGAUGACCCUGGGUCAGCAGCAAAAACUGCAGAGAAGCUUAAAACAUUGCUAGCAGAAAAACUUCAAGGCUGGUCAAUAACUAUAUCAGAUGGCAAUAUAUCAGUUGAAUCUGUUCUGAUAAAAGUAGAAGGUGAUGAUGAUAACACUAAGAGCAUUUAUGUUUCUUGGACUAAUCAAGAUGAAGACUUAGGUAGUUACAUUUUAGGAUUGUUGCAAUCGAUGGUCCAAUAAAAUUAGUUCUUUAAAUAAUGUUUAUUUUUAUUUUGUUAAUUCUUUAAUAAAUUAGUUUUAAUCUACAAA